CCCAGUUUGCAAAUUUAUCACUGAAUUUAGAGACACUUAUCAAUCGCGUCAUAUGAUCUGACAAGCACUGUACCCACUAUAGCAUUCGACAAAAUUGCUCAGAAAUCUUUUAUCACAUAGUGGCUCCAUAACUUUUAAUUCUCUUAUCAUUUUAAUCAGUUUUCAUGGCUUUUUCACCUGCAAUCAAUAAUUUCAAGAAUUUGUAAGGUUACAAACUUUGAAUAGUUUUCUAGUGGGUUCAUAGCUUUUAUUCAGUUGUUCUCUUUAUAUGUUAGUUUGAUUGAGGUUAUGAUGUUUGGCUUACCGAAAGGUUCUGGGGUAGUCCAGUGAUAUCAUUUAAAGUUUAAUUAUCAAUCGAAGUUCUCCAAAUUAUCAUUACUUCAAUUGGAGGAUCCAUACAAGCUUUCUGGCUUCAGAAUUUUCAUUUGGGUGUACGUAGAUUGAACACCCACAUCCACAAAUCCCAAGAAUUUUCGUUUGGGUUGAACAGCUACUAUAUCCAUAACUACCAAGAAUUCCCAGUUGGGUGUAUGUAUACCGAAAAUCUUCAAGAUAAAUCUUGUAGGCUGAAUGCAGCUAAAUUAAAUGCAUGUUUUCGGGAAGAUCGAACUCCCGGGCUUGUUUUCAGCCACCUUUGCCGUAAUUCAGCUGGUUUUUCUUAUAAUUAUAUUGAAAUGGAAGGGUAGUCCUAGUAGCAGUACAGAAGAGGAGGAGGAGAUGAGAAAGUUGGUGGUUGUGCCAGCAAAUGAGAGGUCUACGUUUGAAGAGGAAUACAUGGGAAAUUCUAGUAUGGAAGCCAGUAGCCCUUAUUAUAAAUGUGCUGUUUGUUACAGUGUUGCUGCAAAGCGCUGUGCGAGAUGCAAGGCUGUUAGAUACUGCUCAGGAAAGUGCCAGAUAUUGCACUGGAGGGGAGGCCAUAAAGAAGAAUGUCAGCCGCUGGAUAAAUGCGGUUCUUCAUUUUCAAUUAUUUCUACUCAAAAAGAUAAACUUGAUUUAGCUAGUUCAUUUUCUGGGUCCAAGGAUUUAGGGUCUCCUGGGUGUAAUUUAAAGGGACAAAAAGUCUCUUCUUCUGUUCAAAAUUUAGAUAAUUAUAUUACUGAAGCCCCUGAUAUAUCUAUAUCAAAUUUUCAGCAAAUUUCUAUAUCAUAUGGAGAUCGUGAACCUGCAUGUAAUAAUGCAUUGGAUUCCGUUCCCAAGGGCAGUCACAGAAGCAAUGGUGGUGCACAAGACGCGCUUCUAGGAUCACAUACAAAAUAUUCUUACAUGCCUGUCAUGCCUAGCUCUGAGGUAUCUGCAUAUGAGGUCCCAGCGAACUGUAGUUUCCAUAUGUCCAAUAUUUUCAGCUCUAGUGAAGCCAAUUCCAAGGAAUGUGUUGAUAGUACCAUCAAUUCUGUAAAGUCUUUUUCAAAUAUCUCUGUCUCUGAAAACCCUCCAAAUGAUAUGUCCCUUUCCAUGCUUUCUGAUGGAACUACAGAUUGUAUUACUAAUUCCAUAAUAUCUGAGCAUGAUCUCCAUAGCUGCACAAAUAUGCCACAUGACAGUUCAAUCUCAGAAAAUCACAUGCUUGAUUGUCAUAUCAACGGGAGCCCAUACAACAAUUUUCUGAAUUGCAGCAACUCUGAAAGUAAUCCCUCAACCUCAGGCAUUCCUUUCCAUGAGUCUCUAAGUACCAGAAGUCAUGUAAUGGAUGCCUCGAGACACAGUGCUUCUUUCCAUGGAAGUCCAGGUAAAAGGCCUGAGUUGGAUGGACCAUGUUGGAGGAAUUUUGCAGAUGACAGUUCAGACUCUGGAAUUCCUAGCUCUGUAUUGGAAAACUGCAAUGAGAGAUUAUGGCUGUCUGGUGACGAUGCUUCUAGUUCUUCAAAUGACACAAGUGCCAUGUCAACACAGCAUGAACUUCGGAGUUCAGGGGACUCUUUAUCAAAGGGAACAUUCAGGCGAUCCAUUGGAACUGCUAUUCAAUAUUUUUCACGACAAAAAGCAAAGGCAGCUCCACCCACCAUUUCUAGUCAUUUGAAUGUCUGCAAUGAUGCAAUAUUGUCCUCUACACCCCCAACAGUGGGUUCUUCACAAAACAUCAGCAAUGGCUUUAAAAGGUCUGUAAAGAAAGUUCUAGGACGGGCAAAAUUGUCUAAAGUGUCAAAACAAACAAAUUCCAGAGCAGAAGAGGUCAUAGUAAAACCAAGCCAGAUACUAUUUCGAUAUGAAUACUUUGUCGAACUUUUUAACUGCAAUACACUGGAACUCUAUCCUUGUGGUCUAAUUAACUGCGGAAACAGCUGCUAUGCCAAUGUAGUCUUACAAUGCCUUACAUUUACAAGGCCACUUGCUGCCUAUUUACUUCAAGGAGAUCAUGCUCAAUGCUGCAAGAGGAAAAAUUGGUGUUUAAUGUGUGAGCUUGAGCAACUUAUUUUAACAGCAAGACAAAGUAAAAGUCCUGUAUCACCUACCAGAAUACUAUCACGACUACAAAGGAUGAGGUCAUACUUAGGAUAUGGGAGACAAGAGGAUGCUCAUGAACUCCUCAGGCUUUCCAUUGAAGCUAUGCAGUCAAUAUGCCUUGAUGAAGCUGGCGGAGAAAAAACAGUAAAUCCAACAACACAGAAGACAACGUUUAUGCAACAAUUGUUUGGGGGCUGUCUCCUGUCAAAGGUUCAGUGUAUGAGGUGCCACUAUGAAUCAGACCGUUUUGAGAAUAUGUUGGAUCUCACUGUAGAGAUACAUGGUAACAUUGAAUCUUUAGAAGAUGCACUUGCACAAUUCACAGCACCUGAGUUGUUAGAUGGAGAAAACAAGUACAAAUGUGACAGAUGCAAGUCCUAUGUGAAAGCUGAAAAGCGCUUGGUUGUGCAUGAAGCUCCAAACAUUCUUACUAUUGUACUGAAGAGGUUUAAGAAUGGAAAGUUUGGUAAACUAAACAAGCAUGUCACUUUCCCAGAAUUUCUAGACAUGUCACCCUUUAUGAGUGGAACUGCCGAUGAGCCACCCCUGUAUAUGCUAUAUGCUGUAAUAGUGCAUUUAGAUAUGCUGAAUGCUUCCUUUUUUGGGCAUUAUGUAUGUUAUGUGAAGGAUUUGCACGGGACCUGGUACAAAAUUGAUGACACCGAGGUAGAGCCUGUAACGCUUGAUACAGUAAUGGCAGAAGGUGCUUACAUGCUUCUUUACUCGAGGUCUUCUCCACGACCGCCAUAUGUUCUAAAGAAUGGAAUCACUCAAGCUUGCAUGCAAGCACCCUUAAAACAUCCAAAUAAUUCUUGGCAAUCAUUAACAACAGAUGGACAAAAUAAAAGUUGCAAAAUGAAUGCCAUUCAGUUUUCUCCCCUGAACUUAAGAACUACAAGAAUUGACGAAAUUGAUUCUGAUAUUGUUUGGAGUUCCGAUGAUUAUGUUGAUGAUGGAUGGUUUACUGACAUAUAUGGUUUCAAUCAUGAGAACCUUGCUUCAGCCACAACUGACUGGGAUGUACAUUCAACUUCUAGGGAGUACACGGAUUACACAUACAGUGAAACUGGAUCUCUAUUCAGUGGCUCAGAUGAAGCAUCUUGGAGUACAGACAGCUAUAGGGAUUCAACGAGCACAGAGGGAUCAUGUUGAGAGAAUAUUUGGUUGAUUCAAGCUGCGUAACUUGUUUCAUAUCCUAUUUGUCUUGCUUGUUCCAUCACCGAUCACAUUUUUGUUCCAUCAACUUGAUCUGCCGAGUUCAACAUGAUUGCUUUGUAAAACUAAAAAUCUCUACCUGGGCUUUGCAUUUCCAGUCUGCAGAUGUCUGGUAAUUGACUUAUGAAGGAGAGUAUCUUGUCUACUUAGUAAAGCUCUGGAUGUCAAUGAACACCUUGCUUAAUAGUUAUGUGGUGGUAAUUAUUUUAUCAUUCAUCAUCCUAGCAGAACAUGUUCUUCCUUUUCUUGGGUCAAAAACUCUUGCUAUUUGAGAACUUGGAUCAGAUAUUUGUUCUUGGCAGUUGGCACUAUUGGUCACAACACUUGGAGAGUACCCGGUGGCAGUGAAGCACGAAAGGGAAGGAUCUCAGAUAAUGCUCAAAGCUACUUCAACCACAUGAUUAUCAUUUUCAUUCUCAUAUGAAGUAUAAAGACACACUGGAUGUGAAGUAUAAAGACACACUGGAUGGGAUAGCCAAUAACACAAGCCUAUAUGGUGCUUGUUUCAAUCAUGGAAUCACCAAAAUUUUGUUGGAUGUCGCAGAAACUAGAUCCUGUUAAUCAGGGUAAGUGGAAUAAUCUGUUGUUCUGGCAAUCUAACAAGCAAAGCAAGUACUAGGUGAUUUACAAAAAUUUUGUCAUCUUAACAGGAUGCAAAAUAUAAAUAAAACGGAAUGUAAGGAGUUCCUGUAAGAUAAAGGUCAUAUUUUGAUCCUCUAUCUAGAACAGUUGAUCAUUCUUUCACCCAUGAAAUAAUAAGUUGGGUACCUUCUCAAAAUUUUAGGAGGUGGACCCUGCAAAAUUUUGAAUUAAAUCCAUUCAGUAAUUAUUGGGGUAGA